ACCUUGUCACAGCAAUGAGCUGCGCGGGGGCGGCGGCGGCUCGCUCCCUGUGGCGGCUGCGCGCGGGCACCCUGCGGCCUCUCCCAGCUUAUGGAAGAAGAAUCAGUGUCAGAUUUUACAGUUCAGGAAUGACCUUAGACAAUAUCAAUUGGGCAGCUGUGGAUCGAAUAAUCCGGGUGGAUCAUGCAGGUGAAUAUGGAGCGAACCGAAUCUACGCAGGGCAGAUGGCCGUCCUGGGUCGGACAAGUGUCGGGCCAGUCAUUCAGAAAAUGUGGGAUCAAGAAAAGGACCACUUGAAAAAGUUCAACGAGUUGAUGGUUGCAUUUAGGGUGCGGCCCACCAUUCUGAUGCCCUUCUGGAACGUGGUGGGGUUUGCACUGGGUGCGGGAACCGCCCUGCUUGGGAAGGAGGGAGCAAUGGCCUGCACUGUGGCUGUGGAAGAGUCUAUAGCACAUCACUACAACAACCAGAUCAGGACGUUGAUGGAGGAGGAUCCUGAAAAAUAUGAGGAACUUCUUCAGGUGAUAAGGAAAUUUCGGGAUGAAGAGCUCGAGCACCAUGACAUAGGCCUUGAACAUGACGCACAGCUGGCUCCAGCAUAUGCUGUUUUGAAGAGCGUUAUCCAGGCCGGAUGCCGCGUGGCAAUAUAUUUAUCAGAAAGGUUUUAAAGUAUGUCCACUUUUCUGUCUAUAAAAAAGGGUAGUAAUUAAACAAGGGGCAUUGGCAGAAAAGGAAAUGUGCAAUUGUCAUUAUAUGAAUUUUGUUAAUAAACUGCAAGAGGUUUUUUGUUUUUUUUUUUUUUUCAUUAAU